AUGGCUAUUUUAAACGCGUCGGCGAGACGCGCGCAGAGCGGGCUGCGCGUGUGUGAAUCCGGUACGCGCGACGCGCAUGUGUGGAUUGUGUUGUUGAGGCGCGCUCUCUCUGUUUACCGCGCGGUACUGCGGCCGGCGAGCGCUCCGCACGCGUGUGUCUUGCAACAUCGAAUUUUCCGACGGCGGUCGAGUUGGAUUAGCGUUCCAUGGUGUUCCUUCGUUAUUGGUGUUAUUUCGUGUCAACCGCCAGCGGAUAAGGGGCGGUCAGUGGUAUUGAGCGUGACUAUUUCGGGCGCGGGACCG